AUGAAAAUCACAACCAUUCCUGAAUCCUGUUUUGCAUACUGUAAUAAACUCACCUCAGUUAAUCUUUCCCCAAAACUAUUAUAUAUCAAACCAGCCAGUUUUUACUAUUGCACAAGCUUAACUAGUAUUAAACUUCCUGAUAGUCUAUUAGAAAUCGGAUCAGAUGGUUAUGGUCCAUUUUCUUCUGCAUCACAAUUGUCUCGAGUUGAUAUUUCCGAAAAUUCACAAUUAAGAGUGAUAGGAGAUGGCUCAUUUUCUUGGGAUAAGCUUACAUAUUUUUACAUUCCUCAAAAUGUCACAACAAUAUACGGCUCUGCAUUUUCUUUCUGUAAAAUUGAACGAUUUGAGAUACAUCCAUUAAAUAAAAAUUUCAAAACGGAUGGAACCUCGUUAUUUUCCGGCGACAACAACUCCACACUAAUUCAGAGAUCUGCUGCAUUAACAUCAGGGUAUGUUGUUCCUUCAUAUGUUACUAAAUUAGGUGAUUCUGCCUUUGCCACUUCUUCUUUACCAUCAAUCACAUUACAUGAUAAAAUUUCUUUUGUAGGCAGGUAUUGUUUUAUGAGUACAGGCCUUUCAGAAUUUAUAUGCAACAGUAUAAUGACAACAAUCCCUUUUGCAUGUUUUCAAGGCUGCACCAGACUUAAGAAAGUUGUUCUUACAGAAAAUAUUACUAAGCUUGAAAUUGGCGCUUUUCGUGAUUGUCCGUCUUUAUCAGAAAUCAAUAUGCCAAAUUCUUUGACUUACAUUGGUGAGAGAGCCUUCCAAAAUGAUAUAUCUCUCUUGUAUCUAUUUAUUCUUCCAAAUGUCAAUUAUAUUGGACCGGGCGCAUUUGGUAAUUGCCACAAAAAUCUUUCUGUUAACACAUCAUUGAAUACAUACUGUUAUUUCAGUGAUGGUAUGCUCAUCAUUGAUCAGCAAACAGUUUUGAGUGAAUAUUUUGGUUCAGAUUCGAAGAAAGAUCUCCAUGUUCCAUCUACAUGCAACAAAAUCAAUGCAUAUGCAUUCCAGAAGAAACAGCUAAAGAGCAUGUCAUUCGACAACAAUCCAUCAUUAGAUGUUGAAUAUGCAGCAUUUCAAGAAUCAACAAUCCAAUCAAUUUCAUUUCCAUCUGGUCUCAAAUCUCUCAAACAAUACGCAUUCCUCAACUAUAAAUCUCUUAUUAGUGUCACAUUCCCACAAGACUGCAAGUUGAGCAUUAUCUCAUCCAACUGUUUCCAGAACUGCAACAGUCUUAGUGUUCUCACUCUGCCUCCAUCUAUUCGUAGCAUCGAAAACUAUGCAUUUUGUGGAUGCAAAUCCAUCCGCGACAUUGGUCUCCAAAACACGCAACUUGUCAGCAUUGGUACCAAAUCAUUUUAUCAGAUUUCUUUACGCACCGCCAUUCUUCCAUCCACCGUUACCUCUAUCGAUAUCUCAACAUUUGAAGAGACAUCGUUGACAUCAUUCUCUACCUCAUGCCAUUCUAUUCCCGAUGGCUGCUGUUUGUCAUCUCCCGACUUGUCUAGUGUCACACUUAGUGAAGGUGUCGAACUUAUUGGCCAGCGUGCAUUCGAGAGCUGCAACAUCGACGAAAUCCUGCUUCCUAAGUCGAUCAGUGUCAUCUCCGAGUUCUGUUUUUCCAACAACGAACUUCUUUCUAAGUUCAGCAUCUCAGUUAACAGCAGCUUAUUCGAAGUUCGCAGUGGUUGUUUUGUUGGAUGUCCACUUCUUAAGAAGAUCACACUGUUCCCUGACGAAGGGAAACUUCUAUUUGGUAACGGUGCUCUUAUGACAUUCGACCAGACUAAGCUUUACACAUUCCUCCCAUCGAGCGACAUCCGAACAUUUGUUGUUCCUAUGAUGAUGAAAUACAUCAAUCCUAAAUCAUUCUACAAGUGUGAUAAACUUGUUCGUGUCCUUUUCAACGGCAACUACAUCAACACUAUUGGCUCAGGUGCAUUCAUGGGCUGCAAGAACCUUAACUUCAUUUUUGUUAGUUCACCUAGCAUCGAGAACAUCGGCAUUGAUGCAUUCAGUGACUGUCCUAAUCUUGAUAAAUGCGGCACAUUCAGCAUUCCUAACGAACUUAAAAGUCUUUUCCUCUCUAAAGGUGUCAAAUCUAUCUCAUUGAAAGAAGACUGUGUUUCUGACUGCAGAAGUGUUAUUGCUAACCACUGUGGACACUUCUCUAUCACUCAAAUUUCUGUUUUUAUUUCUAUGAUAUUAUAA